AUGCCGAUUGACGAACCAGAUUUUCUUUCAACCUUUCAACCUUUUACGGCGGCACGAUUGACGAACUCUCAACGAGUUUCUUAUCUAAACGUGUUUUUUUUUUUUUUUUUCUUGACUUCCGCAUCCGAACAUAUUAUUAUUAUCCGCUUUUCCAGGCUUUCUUUUUUUCAGCCGGUAUAUACCCCUGCUAUUGCAUUAUUCAACAUUUUCACCACCUCUUCUUAUCUCUUUUCUUUUUAUUGCAUUCAACUGGAGAAGAAAAGUGCCAAAUUCAACAUCAUCAUGCCAGAUAUAGAGGCCCGAGGGAGAACAAAAAAAAAGAGUCUCCAAAUAGAAAGAAAAGAGGUUUAA